CCUCCUACCAACACUCGUAUCCAGCUCAGAUGGAAAACAGAGGGAGCCGCACCGCAAAGAAACAGUGAGGUGAGAGCUGCAGAUAUGAGCUCAGAGGAGGAGUCGAAGUAUCAGACACCGCCCACCUGCGAUCUGCUCGGCCUUCUGCUGAGGAACAGACACCCCACCGGAGCUGUCAAUGAGGUUUGGCCCAACCUCUACGUUGGAGACGCGGCUACAGCCCGGGAUAAAGCCCUGUUAGUGAGUCUGGAAAUAACACAUGUGGUGAAUGCUGCAGAUGGCCCCCAGCAUAUUGACACUGGGCCAUGUUUCUACAAAGACACUGACAUACUGUACCACGGAGUCGAGGCAGCAGACUGCAAAGACUUUGACUUGAGCCCGUUCUUCACCGAGACAGCCGACUUCAUCGCUUCGGCUCUGAGCCAGAGAGGUAAGGUUCUGGUUCACUGUGCUCGAGGCAUCAGCCGCUCAGCCACGCUCGUCCUGGCCUUCCUCAUGAUUAAAGAGGGACUCACCCUGGUGGAGGCUCUGGAGGCGGUUCGCAGGCACAGAAACAUCCUUCCCAACGCGGGAUUCCUCAGACAGCUCUGCCAUCUGGACUCAAACUUAGCCCUGCAGAGGAGGACAUGA